GGGUCGUGCAGCCCCCCCUAACCCCCCAGCCCCCCCCACGACCAGGGCGCACCAGCGCGCAGGAGUCACCCCACGGUCCGGGGAUGGUGCCUUUACGCACGGGAUCCCCGUGAGCCGCCGCGGGACGCACCGACCAGGAACCAGGUGACGUUCAUGAAUUUGAAAGUCGUUCCCAAGCGAGAAGAGGGUGUUGGAGCUGAAGUCUCUCAUUUCUAAUGAUGUCUUCCAUGCGGGCGACGCCUCCCUUUCCCGCCCCGGAGGAGGAGGAGGCCGACGCCCCGAUGGGUCCCGACGACCCGGUGGGUCCGGAGGACGCGGCCUGGACCGGGGACGAGCAGGAGGGACCCCCCACGGAGACGCCGUCCCCGUCUCCACGGCAACCGCCUCCCUCCGAGGAAACCAGCGAGACGACGGGCGCCGAGUGGGAGAGUCACCGGCUCGCUGCCGCGGACUCUGAAGGCAGCCGAGGCUGCGCCGUCUUCUCGUACCGGACCAACUCUACCUCCCCCGCCAAGCCGGAGGAACCCGCCCGGGACCGAACGGAGCCCGUGAUCGGGUUCGCCUUCGGGACGCCGGAGCGCCGCAAGGGCAGCCUGGCGGACGUGGUGGACUCGCUGAAGCAGAAGAAGCUGGUGGAGCUGACCCGGACGGAGCAGGACGACCCCCCCUGCGUGGAGCGGCUGCUGUCCCGGGACUGGAAGGACCGAGUGGACCGGCUGAACGCCACGGAGCUGCUGGGGGACGUCAAAGGAACCCCGGAGUCCCUGCAGCAGAAGGAGCGGCAGCUGUCCACCAUGAUCUCCCAGCUCAUCAGCCUGAGGGAGCAGCUGCUGGCGGCUCACGACGAGCAGAAGAAGGUGGCGGCCACGCAGCUGGAGAAGCAGCGGCAGCAGAUGGAGGUGGCGCGGCAGCAGCAGGAGCAGAUCUCCCGGCAGCAGCAGCAGCUUCUGCAGCAGCAGCACAAGAUCAACGUCCUGCAGCAGCAGAUCCAGGUCCAGGGUCACAUGCCCCCCCUGAUGAUCCCUGUGUUUCCUCACGACCAGCGGUCGCUGGCCGCCGCCGCCGCCGCCCAGCAAGGCUUCCUCUUCCCCCCCGGCAUGUCCUACAAGCCAGGUGAGAACUACCCCAUGCAGUUCAUUCCCUCGACGAUGGCGGCUGCAGCGGCGUCCGGACUCAGCCCGCUACAACUGCAGCAGCUCUACGCCGCGCAGCUAGCCGGGAUGCAGCUCUCCCCGGGAGCCAAGAUGGCGGCUCCGCCGGCCCCCAACGCCGCGGCGCCGCUGUCGCCCUCCGGCCUGAAGGCCGAGAAGCAGGUCUGCAGCCCGGGGGCCCAGAUCAAGGAGGAAGGAUCCACGCAGCCCCUGAACCUCUCGGCCCGACCCAAGACGGCCGACCCGCACCGCCCGCCGGCCUCCCCGACCCAGAUGACCCAGAUGUUGUUCUCCAAGAGCGGCCCGCUGGGCGGGGCCAAGGGCCGCGUGCCCAGCCCGGUGACGGGGCUGGGCCGGAGCGCCUCGCUGGACAUCCUGUCCAGCCUGAACUCCACGGCUCUGUUCGGGGACCAGGACGCGGUUCUGAAGGCCAUCCAGGAGGCCCGGAGCCUGCGGGAGCAGAUGCAGCGGGAGCAGCAGCUGCACCAGCAGGGGGCGCACCAGCACCAGGGGGGGCAGCAGAGCCUGGAGGCCAAGCUGGCCGCCCUCAGCGGCAUGAGCCUCAACAACGGCAACAAGGAGCGUCUGCACUACGAGACUCUGAGCCAGCACCUGGGGAAGCUCGGGGAGGACGCGGGGAAGAUGGUCCACCGGGUCAUCGACCUGACCCGGCCCGAGGACCUGGACGGCAACAGCAUGGCGGAGGCGCGGGUGUUCCGGGAGUCCCGCGGCCGCGGCAGCAGCAGCGAGCCGCACAUCAAGAGACCCAUGAACGCCUUCAUGGUCUGGGCCAAAGACGAGCGGAGGAAGAUCCUGCAGACCUUCCCGGACAUGCACAACUCCAACAUCAGCAAGAUCCUGGGCUCCCGCUGGAAGGCCAUGAGCAACCAGGAGAAGCAGCCGUACUACGAGGAGCAGGCCCGGCUCAGCAAGAUCCACCUGGAGAAGUACCCCAACUACAAGUACAAGCCCCGCCCCAAACGCACCUGCAUCAUCGACGGCAAGAAGCUGCGCAUCGGCGAGUACAAGCAGAUGAUGAGGUCGCGGCGCCAGGAGAUGAGGCAGUUCUUCGUGGGGCCUCAGCCACCGAUCUCCCUGAACCGCAGCCCGGGGGGCGUGGCCGUCUACCCGGGCGCCAUCACCAUGGCAACGGCGGCCACGCCGUCGCCCCACCUGACCUCAGACUGCUCCAGCAACUCGGCGAGCCCCGAGCCGACCACCCCGGUCAUCCAGAGCACGUUCGCCAUCAAGGCCGAGCCCGGCGGGGCCUUGGGCGGGGCCUUGGGCGGGGGCGGGGCCAGCAACGGCAGGGGCGGUGCCAGCCUGGACCCGCCCAGCGACCCCACCAACGGCGACGACGACAUGGACAUGUACGAGGACUUCGAGGACGAGCCCAAGUCGGACUAUAGCAGCGACCGCGAGGCGCAGGAGGCCAUCGGCGCCAACUGAGCACGCUCAGAAAACAGAAACUCUCAGGACACUGAGCAUACCCAGACCGGAUCCAGCUCUGGGCAUGCUCAGAACGCUCUUGGAGCAGCGUAGCGACGGACGCCUGGUGGAAAAAAACAGGGCUGAUGGGAAACGAUGACCCAAGAACCCGAACAAUCACGUAAAACAUCCAGCUGAGGACGAACAUCGGCGUCUCUGACAAUCUCGCUAGGAGCGGAGCGGACGAUGGGACGCCUGGUUCGUGAAGCGCUAGCGCGAGGCGCAACGCGUCCAGAACUCCGACAGCUACUUGGUCUUAAAUGUUUCAGGAGUGAAUUGGUUUUUUCUUAUUAUUGACUUUUUUUGUAUUUUUUUUUCCUGUUUUUGUCUUCCGGCCUCCAGACUUCUCCGAUGCGUCGCCGAGUCUGGAACGUCUGGAACUUGAAAUUUGGAAAGUUUUUAAUAUAAAUCCUAGCUUGUAAUGUUGUAGUCUUAUAUGAGUUCAGUGCUGCAUCCUCUUCUCUAAAAAACUGCUUACGAACGUUACUGUCGGUUGUGACCUUUUGACCCCAGCUCAGGUAUGAUGUGCCAGCUUGUGAAUGUGCUGAUUUUUUUGUUUUUUAUUUUCAUUCAAAUAGAGUUUUAGGACUUUUUCAGACUGUCGAACUAAAGGGACUAAAAUCCCUCCAAUUGUUAAUCAGUGGCAGGAAGAAGUUUGUGAAACCUUGGAAAGCGCUGGCCUGAGCCAUAGGAGCUCCGGUCACAUGACCCCGGAGGAGGUUUUGGUAAAUUUCAAGUUGGGGGGGGGGGUGGAAUAAGACCAGAUCAUGAUGCUUCCUCCACCGUGCUUCACCACUGGAGUCCUAGCCGUGUUGGCAGUUCCCUCCGUCCAACGGACUUUUCCUUUUUUUGGACGUUUUCAAAACUGAUUCUGAGUCAAAUAGUUAAAGCUAAAGAACCUGAAUAUUGUUUAUAAAGUCUUAGGGCCAAAUCCACAAAAGGAUUUUGCGGCUUUUGCGGCGCUAAACUGGUGCAAAUGAGACAAAAAGAGAGCGUCUAAUUCACAAAGCACCCGCAAAGGACGAAUUGCACCACAAACUGCCCUGCCAAGCAAAUAGUGUCAUGGUGCGCCUGUGCCAUUUGCAUGCAUGUAAAUGAGGUAAUAUUCAUACAUUCGGCGCAAAAUUGCCCCCUUUCUAUGCAAAUAAGCCUCAUUGCAAAAACCGUCUAAUUCACAAAGGCCAGCGCUAUUUGCCACACGCAAAAAUAGUGGAGCAAAUACCGUCUUUUCGAAGCGUGUAUUAACUGCGCGCAAACUCACUCCUCACUCCCCAUCUGUCUCUGUUUCUCUCUCUCUUCAAUAUCAUUCAAGCCUGUGUGAUACUGAAUGAUAUUAAGGGUGAAAUCUAUAGUCAGACAUGACUGUAGACAGUCAGAUCAAGUGGGGUUGUGGACUUAUCUCGGAUUUAAAAAUAAAAAUAACAGGACGGAGCUCAGGAUUCAUCCAUACAGUAAGGGGCUGCUUUAUUACAAACAAUUCCACCAUAUAAACAUAUAAAUCUAGCAAUAAAAUUAUGUAUAUUAAAACUGCAUUGUCAGUGCACCAAGACAAGUUGGAGACUAUUGGAUAUCACCAAAGGUCCAAUCCCACGUAUCCCACGGUGAUAUUUUUGACCUGCGGCCCGCCGCCAUAGGCUACGCCGUCGUUUUAACGCGGAACCAUAAAUCAGGCUUAACAAGCGCGCAUUUGUCAGUUUUCUUUUCGUCUUUUCAACUGAGCAUGCAAACACAUAAACUGAGGGUGCAAUGCUGAUGCACCCUCGUAGAACCGGGCCUGCUGGAAACAGCUCCGCUCACUUACUCAGACAAGGGAAAAUUGCACUCAGCUGCAAAACUUUAUGGGCGUGUUUGCGCCGGCAUAUCAUUAGAGAAAAAUCUUUUGUGAAUAGGACCUUAAAGCGGGGCAAAUUGCGGGCGCAAAUGCGGCGCAAUUCACAGCGGGCGCAAUUUAUUCUUUGUGGAUUUGGCCCUUAGGUUGUUAUUCGUUGCACUCAAAACUACGGAGGAACCGGAAGGAGGCGGUUAAGCCACAUCGCAGCAGCCGCCCAGUGGAGAAGCACGGAGGCGGGAGCAUCAUGAAGCUGCUGCUUCAGGGCCUCAAUUACUGCAGAACAUCAGUUAUUUCCAAGGGGUUCACAUACUUUUAUCCUGCCGCUGGAUUAUUCUUGUCGUUACUGAGUGAGGAAGUUCCCCCGACGUUGUACAGGUUUUCUUCAGAUGUGCCAAACAUUCACUCUUACUCGGGAUGUUUUAGUCUUAAAUGCAGCUGCUACAAACACAUGUCUUACUCAGCAGCUUUUCUACCUGACGACUUCCUUCGAGGCGUCUGACCGUCGGAGCUUCGAAGUAGAUUCCCUCCUCGUCCGAAUCAGGCGGAGCUCAGGGAGGAACAGCUUCAUGGACUCGUUCAGCCAACGCCGCCGGUCGAGCAGCCGAGGGUCUUACAGGUCUUAGAGGGUCGUUGGGGUCCCAGAAGGUCUUAGGGGGUCGUAUGGGGUAAUAGGGGGUCGCAGAGGGUCAUUGAGCCGAUGGAUGUUGAGGGUCGCCGAGAUUCUUCAACGAAAGCCUGGCUGAGGGUCG